CUAAAGCUAGCUCGCUCAGUUGGUAAUCGGUCAGCCCGGAGCUAAAAGCACGCACACUGCUGGGCUCUCCACUCUUCCGGAUUACUCUCCUUUGAUGGGGAAGGAAGACAGACAUGACCGCUGUUUGCUAAGGAUUCACCAGAAAACGACAGUGCUCGUAGUAACAUUGUCUGGACUCCUGAAGCUAGCUCGUAAAACCAGUCGUGUUGAUGUGGUAACUUAAUCAUGGAACAUCUGGUUGCUAGCGCUAGCUUAGUCAGCUACACAUUCGCGAUAUGAAACGUUAGUUAAUGUGUAAGUAACCGGGUUUUUUAAAGUUUGAGAGAGUGCUAUAAAUGUAGCUGGUGGGUUAACUACAUAUAUGUGUUAACUAUGUGGCGUGUACGUGAGCUUACGUGGGAUAAAUGUCUAAAUGCGGAAAUGUUGGUGCUGUUAAGUUUGAAGCCACUAGCUGUCUGCCCAGCGGCAGCAGACUAAAAGUCUCCCAAGUUAAUGAAUAAAUAAGGUGCCACGCCAGAGUCAAUAUCCCGAAAACCUCUGUUCAGGAUGUCCGCCUUUAUGCUUAUAACACGCCAUCAUGUGAGCAGCUUGGGAUUUGUCCCUCAUUUACAUUUUGUCAAACAAACGCAGGACUGUAGUCUUUAUCCCUGUCAGGCAUCCCGGCCUGUCAUGUUUGGAUAUAUUCCUCAUGUGGUCCAAAUGGUCUGAGAAGUAAUUGUCUCCCCGCUGGCAGUGAGGCUAUAUUUCAGUCAGUGCAAGGAAGUGUAAGUGCCAGGUUAUUAUCCCAGCCCUCUGUGGGUAAUGCUAAGACAGUCCCAGCCUGAGAAGUGAGCGGAUUAUGAUCCUGUUGGAUUUGCUCACAGAAGGAAACAAGAACACCUAUUAGUGCUGUGAGGAAACACAGGCCACUGUGCUCCGCUUGAUCCCCGCUCCCCCUCUUGUUGACUUUCAUUUGUCAGAUCAAAAAAGGAAAAAAAAGAAAAAAAAGUCUCUCAUUCUCCCACACACUUCCUUUCACUUGUGCUUCUCAUUAGCGGCAGUCCCGCCCUGGAAGGCUGGAUACAUAUUAUUGUAUGCUCCAUUAAUCAAAACCUUUCCCAACAGCUAAAGAAGACCCUCUGAUGCAAUUUCAACUUGGCGCUUGCGAUCGAGGACAGACGGUCUGCCCAGGCUGCCACAGUAGAUAUGCUGCAUCUAUGCUACUGAGAGAAGAAUGACAUUUGUCUCAUUUUAAUUCCUGGAGCUGUUUCGGGAAAGAAGAAUCGAGGCCUUGCUUGACAAAAAAAAAGUUGCUGCUCUCAGCCAAGUUGGUCUUUUUCUCAGCCCAUUUCUUCAUGCUGUUGUAGCCUAGUGCGCAAACUGUUAUUGCACUGGAGGCCAACUAAGCAAAAGGGCUGCGCUGGAGGAUUAAACUGUGCUGUGGUGGUGGGGACUGGACUGGCCGAGCAGGCCCACAGAGACACACAUCAUGCUGCCAGGACACUAGGGUCCCUGUUUGAGCCCCCUCUGUGUGGCGCUUGUUUUUUUUUUGUUUUUUUUCUUUUCCCUGCAGUCUCAUCAGUUUGGAUGGUUGAGCACAAGGGCUACUUUGAAGGAGCCCACCGGUGGCUGUGGUUUGGCCAAAGCUGACAGACUACUUGCCAGCUAUUGCUGAUUUAGUACCCUUGUCCACUGCCACUGCUGCCGUAGCCCGCUUCGCUGUGGUCUCCAGUAUGGUGAAUGGAGGCUGGAGACAUCGCAGGAGUGGAGCUGAACCUUCAGUACUGGUGUAGCUGUUUACUUCCCAUCAUUUUGUCCGCAUUAAGACCGCUCCAGAAGAGGAUGAAGCUGAGGAAACAGGUGACAGUGUGUGGAGGGGCCAUAUUCUGUGUGGCUGUGUUCUCACUGUAUCUGAUGUUGGAUCGAGUCCAACAUGAUCCUGCAAGGCGACAGAAUGGAGGGAACUUUCCACGGAGCCAAAUCUCAGUUCUGCAGAACCGGAUAGAGCAGCUGGAGCAGCUCCUGGAGGAAAACCACCAAAUCAUCAGCCACAUAAAGGACUCUGUGAUGGAGCUCACAGACACAGGAGCUGUGUCUCCCAGUGGCCACCUGCCAUUCAGAAGUGCCAAUGGUUCCUGGGUGCUACCCUUCGACGGCCGCCCCACUUUCCUCGCUGUCAAGCCCCAGGAUUGCCAAUUUGCUGCAGGCAGCCGUGGCCAAGCAGACGUUCAGAUGCUGGAUGUAUACUCCCUUCUCAAGUUUGACAACCCUGACGGCGGCGUAUGGAAACAGGGCUUCGACAUUACUUACGACCCUGAUGAGUGGGACAAUGAGCCGCUGCAGGUGUUUGUGGUCCCCCACUCCCACAAUGAUCCAGGUUGGGUCAAGACUUUUGACAAGUACUUCACAGACCAGACGCAGCACAUUUUAAACAACAUGGUGGUGAAGCUGGCAGAGGAUCCUCGCCGGAAGUUCAUCUGGUCCGAGAUUUCAUUCUUCUCCAAGUGGUGGGAGACUGCAGACAUACACAAGCAGGAGGCUAUGCGCAAGCUGAUUCUUGGAGGGCAGCUCGAGAUCGUGACAGGAGGAUGGGUGAUGACGGAUGAAGCCAACGCUCACUACUUUGCCAUGAUAGACCAGCUUAUUGAGGGACACCAGUGGCUGGAGAGAAAUCUAGGUAUAACUCCUUGCAGCGGGUGGGCUGUAGACCCUUUUGGGCACAGCGCUACGAUGCCCUAUCUGCUGAAGAGGGCCAACCUAACUAGCAUGCUCAUCCAGAGGGUCCACUACUCCAUCAAGAAACACUUUUCCUCCACCCGCAGCCUGGAGUUUAUGUGGAGGCAGUCCUGGGACACUGGUUCGAGCACAGAUAUGUUUUGCCACAUGAUGCCAUUCUACAGCUACGACGUGCCUCAUACCUGUGGGCCCGACCCCAAGAUCUGCUGCCAGUUCGAUUUCAAGAGGUUACCGGGUGGUCGGAUAAACUGUCCCUGGAAAGUGCCGCCAAAAGCUGUGGUGGAGGCCAACGUAGCAGAGAGGGCACAGCUCCUUCUGGAUCAGUACCGCAAAAAGUCCAAACUCUACCGCAGCAAGGUGCUUCUCGUCCCCCUGGGAGAUGACUUCCGCUACGACAAGGCUCUGGAAUGGGAUCAGCAGUACAUCAACUACCAGAAGCUGUUUGACUACAUGAAUUCUCACCCCGAGCUGCACGUACAAGCUCAGUUUGGGACUCUCACUGACUACUUCAACGCUGUGUACAAAGCGAGCGGAGUGGCCCAGGGAUCCAGACCCGCUGAGUUCCCGGUGCUCAGUGGAGAUUUCUUUGCUUACGCAGACCGUGAAGACCACUACUGGACUGGCUAUUUCACCUCUCGGCCCUUUUACAAGAGCCUGGACCGUGUGAUAGAGUCGCACCUCAGGGGGGCAGAGAUCCUCUACAGCCUGGCGGUUGCCAACGCUCGGCAUGCUGGGAUGGAAGGACGCUACCCGGUCUCAGACUAUGCGCUGCUGGUGGAUGCGAGGCGAUCUGUCGGCCUCUUCCAGCAUCACGACGCCAUCACCGGCACUGCGAAAGAGAAUGUUGUGAUCGACUACGGCACCAAAUUACUGCGUUCACUCAUCGGUCUGAAGAGGGUAAUCAUCAAUGCUGCUCAUUUCCUGCUGAUGAAAAACAAAGAGUUUUAUCGCUUUUACCAAACAGAGCCCUUCCUGGAGACGGAUGACAGGCGCGCUACUCAAGACUCUCUGCCUCAGCGCACUCUAAUCGAGCUGGACCCAGCAGGACCGAGGUACCUGGUUCUGUUCAACCCCAUCGAGCAGGAACGGCUGUGUGUGGUGACGGUGUUGGUCAACACAGUGAAGGUGCGGGUGCUUACGGAGGACGGACAGACCCUCCCGGUGCAGCUGAGCGCUCAGUGGAGCUCUGCAAGUCAAAUGAGUGCGGAGGUAUUUGAGGCGACGUUCAUGGUCCGCCUGCCACCUCUGGGCCUGGCUGUGUUCCAUCUCUACGAGUCUCCUGACUCGCCCAUGACGCUCCGCUCCGACACGCUGCUCAGGCUGUCGGGACGUGGCGUCACUGCCCGCGCCGUCGACCCGCUUCCCGUGCGCUCGCAGCAGUCCGACCCGCAGACCUUCUACAUCAGCAGCCAGUCUCUCACGCUGGGCUUCUCCGGAACCACCGGCCUGCUGGAGAGCAUCAAGCGCAAAGACGAUCCUCAGGAAGUGAAGGUUCAGAUGCAGUUCAUGGUGUAUGGCACUCGCCCCUCCAAAGACAAAAGUGGAGCGUACCUCUUCCUACCUGAUGGGAAAGCAAAGCCCUACAACCAGAAGGAGCCGCCCGUGGUGCGCGUGGUGGAGGGGCCGCUCUUCUCCGAGGUGGUGGCACACUACCAGCAUUUCCAGCAGACGAUUCGCAUCAACAAUGUGCCAGGGGUGGACGGUUUGUCGAUCGACAUCACCACCAUGGUGGACAUCAGAGAUCAGACCAACAAGGAGCUGGCAAUGCGAUUAGUCACCGACAUCCAGAGUGGAGACGUCUUCUACACAGAUCUCAACGGCUUCCAGAUGCAGCCUCGUCGCCACUACAUGAAGCUCCCCCUGCAGGCCAACUUCUAUCCCAUGCCCAGCCAGGCGUACAUCCAGGACAGCCACCACCGCCUCACGCUGCACACAGCUCAGGCUCUGGGUGUCAGCAGCCUGGAGAACGGCCAGCUCGAAGUGAUUAUGGACCGGCGGCUGAUGCAGGAUGAUAAUCGUGGGCUGGGUCAGGGCCUGAAGGACAAUAAGAAGACGGGCAACCGCUUUCGACUGCUGCUUGAGAGGAGAUCCACGGGCAACAAGAUGACGGACAGUGCAACAAACAGCUUCCCGUCUAUACUGAGUCACAUGACCAACACCUUCCUGAACCACGAGGUUCUGGCGCUGCCCGUCCUGCCCAAACGCCGCGGCAUCCCUCCUCUGCAGACCUUCGCCCCUCUCAAGUCCAUCCUGCCCUGCGACUUCCACCUGCUGAACCUGCGCAGCAUCCAGACUCAGCAGGACCCCCAGUCUCCGUCUCCGUACACAGCCAUGAUUCUUCACCGUCUGGCGGUAGACUGCAGCCUGGAGGCUCAGAACCUGGGCUUCAACUGCACCACCACACAGGGACAGCUGAGCGUGUCAGGACUCUUCAAGAACCUGGACCUGCAGCUGCUGCAGCCCAUGUCCCUGACGCUGAUGCACUCCGGCGCGCCUCUGGCCAACGACUCCUCCAUCAGCCUAGAUCCCAUGGAGAUCUCCGCCUUCAAGCUCAAACUGCGCUAAGAGCCGUCCGGACUAAAAGAGGCAAUAAAAACAGACUCAUCUGACUUGUUGGACCAAGAACCAUGCCCCCACGCCGGGGCCACAGACUGGCAACAGAGAGAGAGAGAAAAGGGGAGGAUCGGGGACGUCUGGCUCUCUCUCUGUUUUGUCAAGCAGAACCACAAACACUACAGCUCGGAGAUGGAAAGGUCCACUGUAACAUGACUGACUGCACAGCAGGGGGCAGGCCAUAGCUGUUACUGUGGACGUCUCUGAGAGCAGCGGGGGAAAAAAAAACAAAAACGGGUGAACUCGCAGCGAGGAUUUAAAAAAAGCUGCCCGAACUUCUCAUCAGACGCAGCCCGGGUGUCUGUUAAUCGACAAUGAAAUCUCAUUUAGUUCUGCUUCAUAAGAACUCGUGUCAUUUUUCUAUCUUGGCUCCAUCCUGGACUGAACUACUGAAUGUAAAUAUCCCAAACGACUGUGGAGGGGAGGGAGGGGGACUCGUGCCACAUCAGAGUGCAAUUUACAAAGCUUUAUUUGGUAUAUGGGGUUUUUUUCUUUCUUUCAUCUUUUUACACAUACGCAGUGAAAACGACACACGCCACCAAGUGAUUUUGUUUUGGGUUUUUUGUACCUGUCAAUGUAACAGCAGUUAAUUGUAUUGGAUUUUUUUUUUUUUUCCGACAGACUCGAAUGCAGCAAAGAGAAUGUGUGGUCUCUUCGUCUUAGCUCGUGAGCAGAGGCUGCGACUCUCGUCUGUCUGAGUCCAACAGCAGUCGGGGCCACUUCACGCGAUCAAAAAUGUGAUCACUAAUCAUAUCCGACGAGUGUUUGAUUUUCUAUUCGCCGUUUUUUUUUUCUUCCUUUUUCCAUGUUUGCAUGUAGAUAGUCCGACGACUUUCUUUCCCCUCACUUCUUCUUCUCCUUCUCCUUCUUCUUCUUCUUCCCUCCCCGAGCUUCCUCUCUGCUGAUGAGAAAAACUGGAAGGCCUGUGACUUUGAAAGCUCCUGUCCGUCAUUCCCGGCUGGUUUUGUUUACCAUGCUGUAUGCAGUAGAAGACUAGACAAAGACUAUACCUCAUAUAUACCAUACGGCAGAUAUAUCAGUAUGUAUGUGUGUGUGUGUGUGUGUGUGUGUGUGUCUGUAGAGUAUGUCAUUGUGAAUAAGUGAGGGGUCUUCUGGGGGUGUAUUAAGGUUACAAUGUUUACUAUCAGGGACCAUUUAUCGUACUGUUAGGCGUCAUCCAUCACUUUGGGUUUCUGUGCGGAGCAGCGGGUCACGUCAUCGCAGGACAACAGACGAGAGCGGACUGCGAAUUUAAAGGGGUAGCUCACCCAAAUUUGUAAAAGUAGACACAUUUGCUCCGGUGGUGUCUGGCAAUGCAAAUAGAUUUGACUUUGAGAUAUCAGUCUAGAGCCGAUCGUGUUCAUUUCAUAUUUAACCGUUGGAAAAAAAACGCUCACCGGUGUGUGUGUGUAUAAAGAAAAUCAUCUCUGCAGUUUCCACAGAGCUCAAGGUUACAUUUUUUUAAGCACUUGUUUUAUAUAAACAGCAGCGAGCUUAAAGAUUUUUCAAACAUUUCCAAUCCAAAUGGAACCACUUUAAUACUCUUAAAGUGGUUCCUUAAAGAAUCUUUGGCAUUUCAGCUGGCUAGACGAUGACCGCCCCGACAGAAAGAACAAGUGAUUAUUGUCGAGGAUUCUUUUUUUUCAAAUUUUCUUUCAACUGUUUCAGCACUUUAUCUGUCUCUGAGAUUUCUGCCACCCAACCCAUUUCAAUGAAGCUGAAUGACAUUAAAAUAUUUCAUUUAAGGAAAAAGAAAAAAAAUGACAGCGGCUGGUCUUUUCCUGAAAAUGUGUCCCUGUCACUCUGUGAGAGGCGUUCAUGAACCACCUUCUGCUCUGACAGAACCAUUUUUCUUACCACAUACUGAUUCUGAGCUGGUCUUAACCUUCGAAUAUUAUUAAAAAUGAUUUGUGAGCGCACACUGUUGUCUGAUUAUGCAGUGCACACAGAGAAGGCAACCACAGCUAAAGUUAAAAGGUGGUAGAUCAGCUCCAGAGACGCCUCAGAACACCAAAGAUAACUUGACUUCUUUUUGUAAAAUACGUCACUGUUUGGUGUAGUCGUGUCAUCCUUAAGAUGCCGGUUGGUAUCCUCAGCAGGGUGCAUGGAUCACAUCAUUGCCUGCUUGUAUAAGAUGGUGAAACACGUUGAUUACUUGUACAUAAACUACAAACACACGUCACACUUUUCUUGUAUGUAGAAUGGAAUUGGGACAAAGCAAUAAUCUGCGUCAAACUGAAGCGUUGUGAGCAAAAACUUUCGACAUAAAACCAAAACUGUCUGCAUGUCGAGACACCACGAAGUGAUCGAACGAGGAAGAAAAAUUUGUUUUGUAAGUUUGGUGAACUCGCCCUUCACAUAGAGGUUGUAUCAGACCCUUCACAUGGAUCAUCAGCACAGGAGAAAGUUUUUUUUAUUUUUUUAUUGUGAGCACUACAGUACUUCUGUCCCGAGGCUGCCUGGAGGCACUCUGCCUCAUUCUGGCUUUUAUCCGCCUCCACAGCGGCCGUGGAGGAUGCUGUCAUCUGUGUCCAAAGCUCGGGUCGGACAUCUCGCGGCCCACCUGUGUUACACUUUGUGCCGCGCUGCCGUCUCCCCUCUGUCCCAUCACUUUCUCCCCCUGCUCAUCAUCUCCACCCUCCACAGGAGCUCUGCUGCUCUCCUCCUAUGAGCUGUUAUCUGCUCUGCCAUAGUUCAAUACAUUUUGCCUCCUCGCUCUCUCACUGCAGACACCCCCGGCCCCCCUCCUCCGGCUGCGAUUAGCAUUUCUGUAAGACCAGACUUCACUGCGUCUUGAAUUUGCACUUUCUCCUCUCAUCUUUGUAACCUUGUCACAGCCUCCUCUCUCCCUGCUGUUUCGUGUUGCGUCUGUUUUUGUCUUUUUUUUUUUUUAAAUGUGAUAUAUGUGGUAGCGCUGUUUUUGUUAGUUCAGAGGUAAUUUGUGAAUGCAAGGUGUCACCUGUGUGUUUAUUCAUGAUGAGUUAAAGCUGCUGCAGUAGAGCAGAAGACAUGGGGAGUAAAUAAAGAUCAGAAAACAGA